AAAAGAUCAAGAACCAUCUUGUAAAAUAUAGGUCGAGUGUUGUUUGUUUUAUUCCUUCUUACUGAAGGAAUCCUUAGAACCUUGCCGUUACACCCAACAAGUAACAAGCGCGUUCCGUUGUUGACGUGAGAUAUGAAAUUCAAUUAAAAUUAAAAUUUUGAAAUUAAACCCCCAAAUCCAAACACAUUCUCUUUCCUUACGCACUAAUUCACUAUUCACUCACUUAACUUCACCUCAGCUCAAAUCAAUGCAAGAACCUUCUAGAACCGCCACCGGUUACCCGGCCCCACCCUUCAACCACCCUAACGGUGGCCAACCGCCACCGCCAUCCACCACCGCCUACCCCUACGCCGCACCUCCUCCCUACCAGCCCCAUCCUCAGUACUACAAUCCCCAACCCUACCAACAGCGCUACUCCCCUUCCCGCUCCUUCUUCCGCGCCUUCAUCGCCACCAUGAUCUGCCUCGCCGUCGUCUUCGGUGUCGUCCUCAUUAUCACCUGGCUCGUCCUCCGCCCUUCCCUCCCUCACUUCACCAUCACCACCUUCUCCGUCCAGAACUUCUCCACAACCGCACAAACCGUCUCCGCCACGUGGCACCUCACCUUCCUCCUCCGCAACAAUAACCACAAGAUGUCCGUUACCUAUAACGUGCUUCGCCCUUCCCUCUUCUACCACUCUAACUACCUUGCCGACUCGCAGCUACCGCCGUUCAAGCAGGACACCAGGUCCGAGAACACGCUCAACGCAACCUUGGUUGCCGUCGACGCCUACCUCGAGCCACGCGCCGUGACCGAUUUGAACGCCGAGAAGUCGAGUGGCUCCGUUACGUUCGACGUCCAGCUGCUGGCUUCCGCAUCCUUCCGAUCCGGUUCGUGGCGGUUCAGGCCGCGCGUGCUCAAGGUUCUCUGCCGGAAGGUUCCCGUGGGCUUAACGUCGAAAUCCUCCUCCGGUCAGCUUGUCGGCGGAUCCAGGGAGUGCCAGGUGUGGACUUGACUGAACAGUUUUUUUGAAACCCUAGGUUUGAGGAAAGGAGGAAAAAUCUAAAUUCAAAUUGAUAUAAUGGUUUAAUUUUGUGCCUUAGUGAUUUGUGUUUUCAAGUGCUUUUUUUCUUAGGAUUUGAAUUGGAUAUUGUUGGUUAGUUUAUUAAUAGUAUGGUUGUAUAUAAUUCGCGUAAUUUUUUGGCAUUUUGGUUCCUUUUCAAGUGCAUUGAGAUUUGGAAAUAUGCGUGAUAAAAGAAUAUGUUUAUUAGAGAUGAGAGACAGAGAGGGAAGCAAGUGAUGUAUUCUCAGAUGGUAUGCUCUGGUUCAUUGAGGGAGUCAAUGGUCUAUUACGCUGACUGUAGCAACUAACUUAUAUUGUUGGUUAUGGUUUGUCUGUUGAUAGGUUCAACUAAUAGAUUAUGACAAACUAUUCGCUUGUCAAUUUUCAUAA